AUGGCUGCAGACGUGGCGGUGUCCCUGUCGGUCCUCGCGGGGAUCGUUGCUCUGAGCCACGCGACUCGCAGAGUUUUGGGCAGGGCCCUCGCGGACACCGGUCUCUCUGAGUAUGCGGUGGAGCUCGUGUCCACCUUCCAGCUGUGCUGCUGCACUCACGAGCUGAAGCUGCUGUCCGAGGUGGGCGGGAUCGAGCCUCGACUCGCGCUCACCCUGACGUACCUGGCGUCAGUGGUGCACGGGCUCACCUUUAGCGGGGCCAUCGGCAACCCGUCCGGUGCGCUUGAGCACGCUUACCGCGCGAGGCUGUCGGGCGGAUGUGCACUACGACGCAUCGCGUGCCAGUUCACUGCGGCAGCCGCUGCACGAGCUGCAGUGCCGGUGAUUUGGGGUAUCGGGUUGUCGGGACUGCACGCGAGGCAUAAAUUGUUCGGGUACCAGUGCAUCACCCCCAUUCACGCGCCGCUGUUAAAGGCCGCCGUUGUGGAGCUCGCGUGCUCGUUUGUUGUUCAAACUGCUAUUACGCACACGCGAGCUGUGGAGGAGAAAUACCGUGUGCACGCGGUGGCUGCGGUCAUCACAACAGUGGUCUAUGCAGGUGGCAGUGUAACAGGAGCAGUGUUUAACCCGGCCCUGGCUUUCUCCACACAGUUCCCCUGCAGUGGAAACUCCUUCCUGGAGUACUGCAUGGUCUACUGGCUGGGCCCGCUGCUGGGUAUGAUGACAUCAGUGCUGCUGUUUGAUAAAGUCAUCCCUCUGCUAGCGGGAAAAUCACCGUCUCCCUACGACUCCCUGGACGCCAGGAAGAGGCAGUGA